AUGCAACUGUCUGGGGAUCCUGCAGCUGCUGCUGCUGCUGCUCCUGUUGAUGCUGCUGCUGCUGCUGCUGCUCCCGGAGCCUCUACGCAAUGCAGCAGCAAGAUAAGGCCCUCAGACAGCGAGUUUGCAAUAGUUCUGACGGACUCAGAAGACGAAGCAGCACCAACUGCUCAAGUGCAGCAACAGCAACAGCAACAACAACAGCAGCAGCAGCAGCAGCAGCAAACGUCAAGCAGCAAACCAAGCCACGAGGCUUCCCCAAGACGCUGCAGACGGUCAGUCAACCUCGAAGACUCCGACAGCGCCCCUGAGGGCCCCCCUGAAAGCAACAGGGGCCCCCCGGUGGGCCCCCCUGGGGGGCCUCCUGGGGGGCCCCCUGGGGGGCCCCCCUCGAAUAGUGGAGAAGUUUUAUUUGCUGCUGCUGCUGCUGCUGCUGCUGCGGGGGGCCCUUUUCGGCGGCGCUCUGCGCGUUUGGCGGCCUUGAGCGGUUCGGGUGUAUGUACACCGGGGCGCACCCCAAGACGAAGUGAAGGCGCUGCAGCAGCAGCAGCAGCAGCAGCAGGUACUGCUGCAGCAGCAGAUGCUGCAGCACUAGCAGCUGCUGCUGCUGCAGCAGACCCCCCUGCAGCCCAAGCCACGCAGGAGCCCAGCAGCAGAGACCCGGAGGCCCUCAGCAGCUCCGCUGCUGCUGCUGCUGCUGCUGCUGCUCCUGAGCUGACCCCCAGCAGCUCGCCGCAACUCUUGCGCCACAAGAAGCGGCUAAGGCGCAGCGUUGACUGCAGCAGCAGCGGCAGCAGCGGCAGCAGCAGCAGCAGCAGCAGCAACUUAUUGAAAUCUGACGAAGAAAGUUCGUCAGUCCCCAGGGUGAGGCGCCACCGCCGCUCUUUGGUCGUUUCUGAGGGCAGCAGCGACGACGAGGGGGGUUCCUCAGCUGCAGCAAACAGCAGCAGCAGCAGCAGCAGCAGCAGUAGCAGCAGCAGCAGCAGCAUGAAUAACGUCACUGCAACAGCUGAGAAUGACAGCAGCAGCAGCAGCAACGCGAGCUGUGAGCCGAAGACAAAUUUGCCGGAUGUUGAGGGGCCCCCAAGGACGCCGCUGCUGGAGGCUGCUGACCGCCCCAGCAGCAGCAGCAGCAGCAGCAGCAGCAGCAAUUCAGCCGCAGCAGGCAAAAGCAGCAGUAGCACUAUUGCGGCAGAAGAAAGCAGCAGCAGAGGCAGCAGCAGCAGCAACAGCAGCAGCAGCGCAACAGCUCCGAACGACCGCAGCGGCUCAGUGACUCCUCUACGACCGCACCGGCGCCUGCGCAGGCAGCAGCAACAGCAGCAGCAGCAGCAGCAGCAGCAAGAGCAGCAGCAGCAAGCGGAGCAAAAGGGUGACAGCGGCCGCCCAUCGCAGAAAGAACUGCAGCAGCGGCUGCAGCAGCUAGCCAAGAAGGUGAGGGAGCGGAGCCUCAAGUCGAGAGCCGUAGGCUAUGAAGGUUCCCACGCGAAAGAGGGCAGCAGCAGCAGCAGCAGCAACAGCAGCAGCAGCAGCAGCAGCAGCAGCGAAGAGGACCGGCACAAGGGGACUGUGAGGCGCGCAGCGACUGCGACAAGCGCCCGAAAGGCAUCUCGAUUCUUCUCGUUCGCUAGAGACCUCCGCGAGGCCGCGUCGGACUCAGAGGAAAGCGUCGGGAGUUUUAUUGCAGACAGCCAAAACGAGGUUUCUGGAACAGACAGCGGUUCGGAAGAGGAGCUGGAGUCGGAAAGCAGCGACACGUCUGCAGACGAAGCUCUCGAGGCCCUGCGAUAUCACCACCUGCUCAUGGAGGACAACGAAGCUCCCCUCCACUUAGAACAAACCCUAAGCCUCAGGGAGUGUUUUGAACUUUACGUCUUCUCUCUGGCCCUCAGUUUAUUUUCUCCCCAUUUGAGUCUGCAGCAGCUGCAGCAGGACUUUUCCGCAGCAGAAGCCUCUUUAUCAGCAGAAGGUGUGUGGGGUUCUUUGCUGCAGCAGCAGCAGCAGCAGCAGCAGGAGCAGCAGCAGCCUUUGUGUUUGUGCUGCAGCGGCGGAAGCGCUGGGCGAGUUGGAUGUGCCCAAGUUGGUGGCGAUGGAGACCCACACUUUCCCCCCCGAGUGCCUCCAGCAACUAAAGGCCUUUCCUUCUUGCACUCUGUCAGAAGCGCCAGAGUUCCUCGACAUAAAGAUCCUCGAGCUGAAAGGCCUUUUGUUUUCGACACUUUUGGGCCUUCAGCAGCAGCAGCAGCAGCAGCAGCGCCGGGAGCAGCCGCUGCAGCGGAACCCGAAGAGUGGGCAGAAGAGCCCGAAGAAAGCUUUGUGCAAACGGAAGCAGCAGCAGCAGCAGCAGCAGCAGCAGCAGCAGGAACAGCAGCAGGAGCAGAAAAAGACGGACCCGCAGCAGCAGCAGCAGCAGCUGCAGCAGCGGGAAGCAGGGAUGCAGCAUUUGCUUCCUUUUUGGAAACUGGGGGUUUUGGUCUUGGGAAAAUAUUUAAAAGAAAAGGAGAAGAAGAAGAAGAAGAAGAAGAGGGGCCCCCAGAAGAAGAAGAAGAGCAGCAGCAAAAGAAGCGGGGGGGCCUCUUCCGGCGGCUGCUGCAGCGGAAGGGGAAAGCAGCAGCAGCAGCAGAAGAAGGGGAAGAAGCAGAAGACUUCGGCGAGGAGGAGUCCGCAGAGGGCGGGCAGCAGCAGCAGCAGCAGCAGCAGCAGCAGCAGCAGCGGCGGCGGCGGAAGCUGGGGGCGGGGGUGAAGAAGAAGCUGCAGGCGGCGCUGCGGGCGCCCAAAGCCCUCCUCAGCAGCAGCAGCAGCAGCAGCAGCAGCAGCAAGACGCAGGUGGAACUUUCGCUGGACUUCUCCUCUCCUGCUGCUCCCAAGUGCAGCGCGCCUGCUGUUUGGAAGGGGAAGCUGCGGACUUCUUCAUUUAUUUUCUUUUCUUUUAAUUUGAGAGUUUUAGCAGCAGAAGUUUCCAGCAGCAACUUUGCUGCUUUUGUCUCCAGCGCCCUCGCCCUCGAAGCCACUUGCAAAGAAAAAAAGGGCUGCUUCCUCGAAGAUGCCCUCAUCUCUUGCGUCCAGGUGUCUUGUCCGAAGAAAGUGAAAGUGCGGGAAGAGCUGCUGCAGCACUUCAGCGCGCACAGAGCAGCAGCAAAUAAGCAGCUGGAGAAAGUAGCAGCAAUACUGCAGCAGCGGGGGGGCCCCGAGAAGCUAAGUAGAGAAGAAAGAGAACAAAUAGCAAAAGCUUAUGCUGAGCGUGUGCGGCAGCAGCAGGAGGAGGAGGAGCAGCAGCAGCAGCAGCGCCAGCUGCUGCUGCAGCAGCAGGUGCACCAGCACCAGCAGCUCGAGCAGCAGAGGCAGCAGCAAAUCGCGCUCCAGCAGCAGAUCCAGCAGCAGCAGCAGCUGCUGCAGCAGCAACCAAGACCCGGCGCCCCCGUCGUCGUCUCCGCAGCAGAAGAACCCCCCGAAGAAGAGGAGGAAGAGCAGCAGCAGCAGCAGCAGCAGCAGCAAAAGGAAGAACCCUCAAAGCCCCGCCCCAAAGUCCAGCUGAAGCUCACAGGAGCAGCAGCAACAGCAGCACCAGCAGCAACAGAAGCCCACGGGGUGUACGUACACCUCCUCGCUCUCAACGCCCUGUGGCUUCUCUGGCUCUGGUCAUAA